AUGUCGAGCAAGUUCAGGCUCUACGAGCAUGAGAAAUGCUUCAGGGAUUCAGCUGGGACCCCAAAAAGAAGAUACGAGAAGCAGAAGGGCUCCCAGCCCACCGGCAGGAGACAAGCAUGGACAUCUCUGAACGCGUCCCAGCCACAAACUCAGCAGCUCGGAACCAUUCAGCACUUCCUAGGAGCAUUGAUAGACAAGUGCUGUGCUAAGUGGUUUUUCCCCCAGUACAAAGUGAGCACCCCUGAUGCGUCUCAGCAGGGCUCACAGCUGCCAUCAGGAGAGCGCUUGAUAAACCUGUAUUUAUCACUGAAGAAGAUCUCCAGAGCCCUGCCCUCCAAUAGACGCCAGGCUGCUGCCCUCUCUCCACUCAACUCCUCUCUCCUCCACCCCACAGUCCCAGCCGCCCUGACCUUGGACCCGGGCACUGCUCACCAGCGCCUCAUCCUGUCCGACGACUGCACCAUCGUGGCCUACGGCAACCUGCACCCCCAGCCGCUGCAGGACUCGCCCAAGCGCUUCGAUGUGGAGGUGUCGGUGCUGGGCUCGGAGGCCUUCAGUAGCGGCGUCCACUACUGGGAGGUGGUGGUGGCCGAGAAAACGCAGUGGGUGAUCGGCCUGGCCCACGAGGCCGCGAGCCGCAAAGGCAGCAUCCAGAUCCAGCCCAGCCGCGGCUUCUACUGCAUCGUCAUGCAUGACGGCAACCAGUACAGCGCCUGCACGGAGCCCUGGACGCGGCUCAACGUCCGGGACAAGCUGGACAAGGUGGGCGUCUUCCUGGACUACGACCAGGGCCUGCUCAUCUUCUACAAUGCCGACGACAUGUCCUGGCUCUACACCUUCCGCGAGAAGUUCCCGGGCAAGCUCUGCUCCUACUUCAGCCCCGGCCAGAGCCACGCCAAUGGCAAGAACGUGCAGCCCUUGCGGAUCAACACCGUGCGCAUCUAGCCCCAGCCGGGGCUGACCCCAGCUUCUCUCGGGGCGGCUGCCACCACCAGGAGCCCUGCCCAGGACACACGGGAGGCCUGGGCUCCAGCCGGCCUCGGCCACCUCCAGCCCCCAUUGCCCUGUGUGAAAGGUGGAGGUUGUGCUCCACAAAGCUCUAAACUCCUCCAGCAUGGAUGCUCUGUGGCUCUGACCUUGAGGGGAUGCAGCAUUGGUCCAAGGAUGCGACAUGGCUUCUCCUCAGGGCAGCCCCUGCCCAGCCCUCAGCCCCUUCCUCCAGGGGCAAGAGACUGACUUCCUCCCGUGUCUGCCCCCUGCCCAGCUGCUGUGGCCUCAGGACCUGCCAGAU